GCAUCUUGACCCGGAAGCCUUUCAUUGGUGCACCAGAGGUAACUGGCAGAGAUGUAACUUUUUCUUGUCUCGUGUAAUUCUGUUGAGUGGACACACACAGUGAGUGGACACACACACACAGUGGCUGGACAACAUGGCCUCUGCGUCUGAGUCGGACCAACCGUCAGUUUCUACUGUCGAAGAAAACAGAAGUCGUCUCUGCGACGAGUUUGCCGCAGUAGCGGGAAGCGACAGCGCCGUGGCUCGGUGCUACCUGGCGGACAAUGAUUGGCAGAUGGAGAGAGCUCUGAACUCAUUCUUUGAGGCAGACAUGGAGAGAGUAUUUGAAGUGGAAGAUCUUCUAGAGGGACCCACCAAGAGCCCUGAGGCCAAGAGGCUGAAGGUUGAUGAAAAACCUGCACAAGAUUGCAUAGAUUUGACCGGAGAAAGUCCUGCCUCCUCACGCAAACCGCCAGAGGAAGAUGACGGUAAACUGUCGGUGAUCUCCUGGAACGUGGACGGGCUCGACACAGACAACCUUGGAGAGCGUGCCAGAGGCCUGUGCUCCUACAUAGUCUUAUACACUCCCGAUGUGGUUUUACUACAGGAGCUCAUUCCACCCUACGUCCAGUACUUGAAGAAACGUGCCGUCAGCUACCUGAUCAUUGAAGGUGGUGAAGAUGGUUACUUCACUGGGAUGAUGCUGAAGAAGUCGCGAGUCAAACUGGUGGAGCAUGAGAUAGUAACUUACCCCACCACACAGAUGAUGAGGAAUCUGCUUGUAGCUCAAGUGGAUUUCAAAGGACAGAAACUGUGUCUAAUGACAUCUCACUUUGAGAGCUGUAAGGGCCAUGCAGUGGAGCGGAUGAAGCAGCUUCGAGUGGUGAUGCAGCGGAUGAGGGAGGCGCCUGACGAUGUCACCGUCCUGUUCGGAGGGGACACAAACCUGAGGGACCCCGAGGUGGCCAAGGUGGGCCUGCCCUCCAGUGUCUGUGAUGUCUGGGAGCGACUGGGCAAGCAGGAGCACUGUCGCUACACAUGGGACACCAAAGCCAACAGCAACAAGACCGUUCCAUAUGUCAGUCGCUGCCGCUUUGACAGGGUUUACUUCCGCCCAGCGACAAAGGAUGGAAUCCCACGUCUUGCCCCCGACCACUUGGCCCUGGUGGGCCUGGAGAAGCUGGACUGUGGACGCUAUACUAGUGACCACUGGGGAAUCUACUGUAGCUUCUGUGCUGGAAGCAGUGCAGACUAAAACAAACAUUGCCACUGGGUUCAGACCACAGAAAAACUUUAUCUGAGAUUGGUUGCCUGUAAAUUUUUAUAUCUUGAUUUGAUUAUUUUAUCUUCUAAUAUGUCUAAUUUUCCUGAACUUAAAAUAGACACAUAAGUGUAAAAAAAACCCCACACCAAUAAAUGUUAAAAUAAAAUGUC